CUUUUCUUUCUUUUUCAAAAAUUAAAAUAAAAUAAAAUAAGAAUAAAAGGGAAUAUGUUGAAAAUGGAAUUAGAUGAAGACUUACAAAAUAUCGCUCAUGAAAAUUAUGAAUUCAAGAACUGGGCAAAAACCUUUAGCUGUCAUCCAGAAUUACUUUUUACACCCAAAACUGAACUUCAAGUGGUCAAGGUGGUACAACUUGCAAAACGAAUGAACAAACGUAUCAAGGUAUUUGGCAGUGGACAUUCUCCUUCAGAUUUGGCAUGUACAACUGAAUUCCUUGUCAAUAUUGAUCAUAUGGAUGGUUUACUUUCAGUGAAUAAAGAAAAAGGAAGGGUGACUGUUCAAGCAGGCAUGUCUCUUCAUAAACUUCAUGUAGUACUCAAGGAAAAUAACUUGGCUCUGAGCAAUUUAGGAUCCAUUUCUGAUCAAUCUGUUGCUGGCGUUAUGGCUACUGCUUCUCAUGGCACUGGUGCUCAUUUUGGCUGCUUAUCUACUUUAAUUGUUGACAUGACGAUGGUGACAGCUGAUGGCGACAUGGUGACUUGUUCAUCAAGCGAACAUACUGAACUCUUCAAUGCUGCCAAGUGUAAUCUGGGCUGCUUAGGAAUUGUGACUAGAGUGACCUUGCAAACCGAACCAGCAUUUCGAUUGGAAGCCAUACAACGACCCUACAAGUUCCCAGAUGUACUUAACGAUUGGGAUGCUACGAUUCAUUCAGCCGAACAUGUACGUGUGUGGUGGUAUCCUCAUACAGAUGAUUGUGUAGUUUGGCGUGCUAAUCGAACCGAUAAACCAAAAACAAUCGAUCUUCAGACGAUGACAAAUACAGCAACAAGUUGGUGGUGCGAACGAGUCUUGGGAUUCCAUAUUUAUCAAGGUCUACUCAAUCUGACUCGAUAUCAACCCGCCGUUAUUCCUACAUUGACUCAAUUCAUGUUCAACAAGGUUCAUUCUCGUCCUUUACAUGUGGUUGAUGAUUCUCAUAAAAUCUUCAACUUUGAUUGCCUGUUUCCUCAAUAUGUUAAUGAAUGGGCUAUUGAUUGGGACGAUGCUCCUGCCGCUUUACGACAACUUGACCGAUUUAUCAAGGAAAACAAUCUCAAGGUUCAUUUUCCUGUUGAGAUCAGAUUCGUGGAUCAAGAUGAUAUUUGGCUCAGUCCUGCUUAUGGAAGAAAAACUUGUUAUAUUGGUGUCAUCAUGUAUCGGUAAGUUAUAUCUCUUCAGUAUUAUAGAACGAUGGUGAUAUCUCUUACCUUUUUUUUUUGAUUCUGUAGUCCAUAUGGUAACCCUGUACCUUAUAAAAAGUAUUGGAAAGGCUAUGAAGAUAUCAUGAGACAAUAUGGUGGUAGACCUCAUUGGGCAAAGGCACAUGGACAAACGCAACAAGAUUUACGACAAUCAUAUCCAAAGUUUGAUGAUUUCUUACAUAUACGACAACAAAUGGAUCCUCAAGGCAUGUUUUUGAAUAAAUACUUGGAACGACAUAUUAUUCAACCCUCACAAAAAUCUUCUCAUAUAUUAUCUAGACUUUAGUUUUUAUAUUUUUUUUUUUUUAUUUUUAGUUAGACC